GGUUAGUUAAAUAGUUAUUUUUGAUAUUUCAGAUGCUACUAUGUGUAAACCCAAUUCACAAUUCCGAAUAGAUUGUGAUAUUUGUCAAUGCAGUUCAGACGGAACCGAAUACAGUUGUUCAAAUAGAAAUUGUGACGAUGAUGACACUUCGGACGUUGAUGUUUUCAAUUUUAAAGGUCGUUUGAGAAAUCCUAGGAUACCGAUACCGUACUUCAGAGAAAAUGACAUUCGCAAUUCUGCAGAAUCAGUUGACGAUAUUGAUCUUAGAUACGACGACGAUGAUGAUCAUAGUUUAAAUAUUAAUGACGACGUACCACCUAAAGAUGACGAUUUUCUAAUAAACGACGAAGAAAUACGAUGAAUACGAUCACCAUUUCACAGUAAAUCUGCUGUUGAAGGAAGCAGUUUUCUUAAAAAUGUUUUGCAGGAAUGUUUAUCAGUCUUUUGUUUUAUGAUUAGUUUUCUGAAAAUAACAUACCUAACGAUGGAUAAACUAUUUUAUAUUUUUCUACUAGUAUCAACAAUCGUGCGUAUAUGAACAAAUAUUUUAGCUAUUAAUACAAAAUAAUAUAAAAGAAACACAAUAUUACAGUUUAUUAUUGUAU